AUGUCCACCACGACGCAGACAAAGACCCCGCGCAGCGCAGCGACGAGCACAAGCGAGCCGCAACCCAAGAGAAAGAAACCUGCGCCACCAACAAACCCCAUCGACGCCACCACCCGCCUAUCGCAAUGCUUCAAGACCAUCUCAACCUCGCUCUACCUCUCGCUCGCGCCCGCCUUCAACAACAAUCCAUACGUAGGAGUCAAGAGGCAACACCUCGAUUCCUUGGUGAUGAAAUACUACGCGCCCGUCCAUGGCGUCGUCAUCGCGUACGACAACUUGAAACUCGAUACUGACUCGCGCGAGGGUGUUCAUCUCGCCAAGAUUGAAAAUUCAUCCCCGUUUACGUUUUUCUGGAUCACGGUCGAUUUGCUCGUGUGGAGCCCGCGCGUGGGCGAUGUUCUCGAAGGUGAUGUCUACAUGCAGACGCCCUCGCAUUUGGGGGUCUUGAUUCACGAUAUCUUCAAUGCCUCGAUUAAGAAGCACCACGUGCCGACGGAUUGGAAGUUUGUUGCUGCUGCGCUUGAUGAAAUGGAUGGCGAAAGCGAUGGCGAUAGGGGCAGGUUCGGGCAUUGGGUUGAUCUGCUCGGGAACAGAGUCGAUGAGGCGAAAGUGAGGUUCACUGUGAAGCGCGUCUAUACUACGGGCCGCGUGGUCAGUGUGGAGGGAAGCUUGAUACAACCGGGCGAGGCGCGGGAUGAUGGGCCUGUGUAUCGGGAAAAAGUCGAGAGCAGCGGGGGCAAGCAUAAGAAAUUCGAGGAUGAUGAUGAUGAAAACGCGGGUGAUGGUGUUGGUGCAAGCGCAGAUCAGGUGGUUGAUGUGCGCGUGAAUGAAGAUGAACAAAGUGAAUUACCCGAGGGGUUGGUUGUUAACGACGCGAACGAAGAUGAGGAUUACAAGAUUGUGAAUAACUCCGACUCGGUUGAAGACGAGGUCGAAUCGGAUUGA